GGUAAGCCUGUGCUUUAGGGCGAUGGCCAGAGAUCCGACAUGGUAAAUCAGUUCAUUGAUUCAUAUUUUUUUCUAAAAAUGCAUCUUACUGUUUUUGGUAUAAACUCGUGUUUAAGAGGUAGAUUUUGUAUCCUUUUUGUUUUGAUUUGUUUUUAAUUCUUUUUUUUUUUUUUUUUUUCAAAUUCGCCAUGGCACAAAGAGGAUGCAAUGCGUGGUUUGAGCAUCGGCUAAUUUUUAUUUUUUGUUUGGGUUUCACUUUUGAUUUUUCUUCGGGGCAGCUCAGAUACUCGUUACCAGAAGAAAUAACAACGGGUGCUGUUGUUGGAAAUAUUGCUAAAGAUCUGGGGAUGGAGCCAAGUGUUUUAAAGGCCAGAGAUUUUCGCAUUGUCUCUGGAUCGAGUGAUUCGCUUUUCCAGCUUAACAAUAACGGAGUCCUUCUCGUCAACCAAAAAAUAGACCGAGAGGAGGUGUGCAACCGGAUCGCCACCUGUAUUAUCAACAUAAAGACUGUGUUGGAGGAUCCCUUAGAGGUACAUUAUGUCACAAUCGAGGUAUUAGACGUCAACGACCAUUCUCCCACAUUCCCCGUUAAUGAAACACAUUUAGAUAUAUCAGAAUCGACCUUAUCCGGGGCUCGGUUCCAGCUGCAAGGUGCACGCGAUCCAGAUAGUGGUUUGUUCUCUGUUCAACAGUACAGGCUUAGUCAAAAUGAUCAUUUUCGUUUAGAGGUUAAAGAUAGGGGACAGGAUGGUAAAAUUCCUGUUUUGUUUAUCCAUAAACCGCUGGACAGAGAAGCUAUAAGAAGCCAUAGAUUGUUGCUGACAGCUGUUGAUGGAGGAAAACCUGCCCGAUCAGGAACGAUGGGAAUAGUUAUAAAUGUUUUAGAUGUAAACGACAACAUGCCAGUAUUUGCUAGGGAAUCAUAUACUGCGGAGCUUAAUGAAAGUUCACCUGCUGGAACAACAGUAAUACAGGUAAAUGCCACUGAUAAAGAUGAGGGUCUAAAUGGAGAAGUAGUUUAUUCUUUUGGAAAUAAUGUAAAUGAUGAAUUACGUGAACUAUUUGAAAUUGAUUCAGUUACAGGAGCUAUUAUUGUCAAAGGACUCAUUGAUUAUGAAGCAAAGGAUAGAUAUGAAAUUGAUGUCACUGCAUCUGAUAAAGGAUCAGUCCCCCUGUCCACUGAAAAAAGUGUCAUAAUAGCUGUUUUAGACCAGAAUGAUAAUGCACCUGAAAUAGAAGUGACAUCCUUAUCAAGUGCAAUACCUGAAGACUCCAAACCUGGAAGGACAGUAGCUCUGAUAAGUGUUAGUGAUGAGGAUUCAGGUAUCAAUGGGAAGGUCAUAUGUUCGAUGACCGAUGAUGUACCUUUUACAUUAACACAUUCCCUACAAGAAAACAUGUUUUCAAUUGUUACAAAAUCUCUGCUUGAUAGAGAACUUAAGUCAAAAUAUGAAGUAACAAUAUUUGCAAGAGAUGCUGGUGAACCACCUCUGACAGCUCAAAAGACAAUAAGUGUAACAAUAUCUGAUGUGAAUGACAACAGUCCAGAGUUUUCAACAAGCCCAUAUACUUUUUAUGUUAGUGAAAAUAAUGCUGCUGGAGCCCUGUUAUUUUCAGUGACUGCUGUUGAUUAUGAUGAGGGGGACAAUGCCCUCAUAUCAUAUACUAUACAAAGAAGGGGCGGUGAACACAACAAGAUGAUAUCAUUUCUCAGUAUAAACUCUGAAACUGGAGACAUUGUGGCAUUGAAAAGCUUUGACUUCGAAACCUUGAAAACGUUCCAGUUUCAUGUUAUUGCAUCUGAUUCUGGGACUCCAUCACUGAGCAGCAAUGUUACAGUAAAUGUUUUCAUUCUGGAUCAGAAUGACAACCCUCCUGUCAUCCUGUAUCCAGUCAGCUCCAACGGUUCUGCUGAAGGUGUAGAGGAGAUUCCCCGAAAUGUGAACGCAGGACACUUGGUGACUAAAGUCAGAGCCUAUGAUGCUGAUAUAGGUUAUAACGGUUGGCUGCUGUUUUCACUGCAAGAAGUUACUGACCACAGUCUGUUUGGUUUGGACCGCUACACAGGACAGAUCCGAACACUUCGCUCAUUCACAGAAACAGAUGAAGCUGAACAUAAACUGGUCACACUGGUCAAAGACAAUGGCAACGUUUCCCUCUCAGCAACAGCUACAGUGAUUGUGAAACUUGUGGAGCCAAAAGAGGCUUUUGCCUCUUUUGAUGUGAAAAGCACAGCAAAGGACAAUGAAGAUAAUGAUGUGACAUUUUAUCUGAUGAUCACCCUGGGUGGAGUUUCAGUGUUAUUUAUCAUCACUAUAAUUGUUCUUAUUACAAUGCAUUUUACCAAAUCUACAGACUCUACUUCUAAAUAUCUUCAAGAGACUAACUAUGAUGGGACACUGUGUCACAGCAUUCAGUACAGAUCAGGAGACAAACGAUACAUGUUGGUUGGACCCAGGAUGAGCAUAGGAUCCACUAUAGUACCUGGAAGUCAUGCAAACACACUGGUCCUACCUGACAGGAGAGGAAUGUCUGAAGAGGUAAGACUAUAUUUGGAUGGAUUUUGAUAAAACCACUAUGGCUUGAAAAAGUAGCAGUAUGUCAAGUUUGGAGUGUUAAGUGUUCCUUUUAU